GCCCCAGCAGAGCAGCAUACUUUGGCAUCCUCUGUGAGUGAUGGGAUGUACUAAUAUGACCAGAUAACGAACAAAACCAGUGCUAGAGGGAAAUUGUGCACAAACAAGCUGCUUGUCUUUCCUACCAUCCAUCCCCUAAAUACUUUGUCAAUUCAGCAGCACAGAGUAGGAGAGACGUUCAUUACUUUUUAACAGGACAUCAAGAAGCAUACAAAAUGUAGAGCAUCCUUUUCUGGAUGCCUAAGAGAAAGGAAAAAAAAUAAUCGGAGAGUGGAAUGUAUGUUGUAGUUAGUAAACAAUUAACAGCUGGAGGAAAUCAAAAUGAAUAGGGGUUUUAAUUAAUUCUAAGGUCCUCUCACAAACUGGGACCAACAUGCUAGGUGGGACUUUAACCCAUGAAUUAUCAUCCUGCAGAUGCAAGGAGCAUGGUCAACAGUCACUUUAUGGUCAUCUUAAUACCAACAUCAAUUCAAGACCUUCAAAUAGAAGGCACCAAGCAACCUGUCCACCUUUGGGACCCCACGUUUUUGUUAAACCAUGCCUUGGAACAAAUACUUCUCACUGUUUUCAUUCUCGUCAUGGUUUCCACACAAUACAUUCAGAGAACAGUCCAGUAAAGCCAAGAAUUGUGACUGUUGUUAAACCAGGAAACCACCCAAUGAGAAAAAUAACUUUACUUCUUAACAGGAGAUCAGUUCAGACUUUUGAACAGCUUGUUGCAGAUAUAUCAGAGGCACUUGGAUUUCCAAGGUGGAAAAAUGACAGAGUAAGGAAACUAUAUAACCUCAAAGGCAAGGAAAUAAGAAGUGUGUCUGAUUUCUUCCGUGGGGAUGAUGCUUUCAUAGCAUUAGGGAGGGAGCAACUCACACUAAAAAACAUUGAAAUUGCUGUAAAUGAACUGUUCCCUGAUACAUCCCUUAAGCAGAGCAAGGAGCAUCAUGAAAAACUCUGCAAAGUGGAUUAUAAAGGUGGUGAUAGUGGUCAUGAGGAAAGAUCCAUAACCAAUAAUAGAGGUGAAAUUGUGUCUCCCAGUGUGAUAACCAAGAAUACUGGAAAUAUUCGUACUAAUAGCAGAGCAAAAAACACAAGAAUACUAAAACAUGGAGCUGAAAAAUGUAAAGUUGAUCAGGAAAAGACAUCUGAGUUUUUAAAAAAUGUUGAAUCUUGCCAUAGCAAGCAAGAACAUUCUAAUAUUAAAAUAUCAACCGCAAGCUUGAAUGAUAUCGGGUGUGAAAAAUGUGUCGCCUGUGAACAUAUUAAAGAUUAUGGAUAUAAGCAGAAAUGUAAUAGUAAAUUAAAAAAUGAUAAAUCUCUGGAAGAUACAGCCACAACAGAGUUACAAAGGUGUAAUUUGGAAGAAACCGAAUGCUGUAGAAAUUUUCCGCUGAAUAAUAGUUUGACUUCUAUAGUAACAUGUGAAGCAUGUACUAGUAAGUUGGAAGAAGAUGAUUUAGUAAGGUAUGGAAAACUGAACUGGCACAAGAACAAAAUGCAAAAAAAAAGCAAAAACACACACAGAAAAGAACAUUUCAAGGGUCAAUGUCAGCUGACAAGAUACACCAUGAUCAAACCCACUGAUCAAUUUAUAGAGGAUUUUCUUGAAAAUACAAAUAAAAAAAUGUGUUUAGAAGAAGAAAAGAUUACUGUCGGGAAUUGUAAUAAUCAAGAUGCCAUAAAUACUAUCGAGACACAAACACCAAAGACCCCAUUACAAUUAUCAAAAAACAAUGAGGAAACAGAUGGCUUCCAAAUAAAUAAAACAUGUUACACCAAAGAGACAGUCAAUAUAGAACACUAUUAUGAGAUUGGAAGAGUAAUUGGAGAUGGAAACUUUGCAGUUGUGAAGGAAUGUAGACCACGUAAAGUAAAUAUGGAAUAUGCCAUGAAAAUUAUUGAUAAAUCCAAGCUAAAAGGAAAAGAAUAUAUAAUCGACAAUGAAGUAAGGAUAAUCAAGUGCCUUUCACACCCCAAUAUAGUCAGACUUCUAGAUAAUUAUGAGACAGAGACUGAGAUUUACUUAAUCAUGGAAUAUAUCAAAGGAGGUGACUUGUUUGAUGCAAUUACUGAGAGUGUUAAGUUCACCGAACAUGAUGCUGCCUUCAUGUUGGCUGACUUAUGUGAGGCGCUAUUAUAUAUUCACAACAAGAACAUUGUACACAGGGAUGUUAAACCUGAAAACCUUUUGGUACAGCACAACACUGAUGGAACAACAACACUAAAAUUGGCUGAUUUUGGUCUAGCUGUAUAUGUAACUGAACCUAUUUUCACUGUGUGUGGUACACCAACUUAUGUGGCCCCUGAAAUAUUGUCAGAACGAGGUUAUGGUUUGGAAGUAGAUAUGUGGGCUUCAGGUGUCAUCUUGUAUAUUCUCCUCUGUGGAUUUCCACCUUUCAGAAGUUUUGAACACAAUCAAGAAGAACUCUUCAACAUCAUUCAGUGUGGAGAAUAUGAAUUCCUCUCACCUUACUGGGAUCAUAUAUCAGAUGAUGCUAAGGAUUUAAUCAGCAAACUGCUAGUACUGAAUCCCCUAAAGCGCUACUCAGCUAAGUGUGUUCUCCAUCAUAACUGGGUCUGCUCAUAUGGAUUAAUGAACAAUCAGAAUCUGCAAAGAGAUGUCACCAUGAAUAUUGAACAGAAUUUCAGAAACCGAAGGAAGAAAGAAGUGACAUCUGAUGAUCUGAGACACUCAGGUUUUCAGACCUCUGCAGUGUCCGAAAGCAAUUAAACAGCAUCUUAUUAAACAAUGUCUUAAACUGGCAAUUAACUUAAAGAGCAUCUGUUAGAUACUUCGUCUUUGCACUAUUUUAGAACAUUCAACCUGCAAGAUCGUUUGGGCACAUUCUUCAUAUCAAACAUGGUAAAACUAUCACACAGAACAUUCAACCAGUCCCCUUGCUACCAAAUAGUUGCAUGCUGAAAUAUUAUUGUGUGAGUCUUUGCUAAACCUGCCUCCGAGUCAAAGUAUCUUACUUGUAGUAUACAUUUUUGUUUCCAGAACUUCCAGAUGCUGCAUACUUUAAGAUUUUCAGAUCCCACUGCUGCAGAAAUUACAAUAUUCAGUGAUCUCAGUUCACAUAUAACAAAGGCUGUGUUAUGAAGCAUGGUAGUAUAGAUCUGGACCAUCUU